AUAGAGACCACAUUUUGUAUCAAAAUUAGACAAUUUUGACAAAUGACUAACUUCAUUCUCUUGUAAUUCUAACCUAAAAAAGCAUAUGGUUUUUGGUCCAUGUGCAAUCAUAUGCAGUACAAAUUCAAUCAAAAUCAUCAAAUUCCAAUUCAAUGGUUUAUAAAAGGAAGAAAUAUCAUUACGGCGACACUCAUUUAAAGAAGAAAUGGCGCACCAAACGAAGAACUAAAGAUUUAGACGAGAUCGAUGAAGACUUGAAGCCGGAGAACUGCCAGAAACUCCUCAAUCAGCCGGUGGACUUCGACAAGCCGGGAUCCGGCCAACAUUACUGCAUUCACUGCGCCCGCCACUUCAUAUCCGACAGCGCCCUGCAGGACCAUUUCCGCACUAAAGUGCACAAACGGAGACUCAAAGCCCUCGAAAUCGAGCCCUACACGGUGGAGGAUUCCGAACGAGCCGCCGGUCUGGGCAGUUGGAAGGCGCCGGUCAAAAGAAAAAUCGAAACGCAGGGGAAAAGCUCCGAGAGCGAUCCCGAAUCGUCUAACAAACGGAUGAGAAUCGACGAGGACGAUGGCGAAUUGUAGGAAUUUUUUUAAGACUUUCAACAGGCGGUUUUCUUCUGCUUUGUAUAUUACAGGAGAAAAAGCCCAAACAAAUUGCGCCAUUUUAAUGCCCGAAAUCGACUUUGAAACGCAAAUUACCAACAAAAACGAAUUAAUCGAGAACGUCAAAGCCAGAAAUUUAAAUCUCGACGUCGAUAAUAUUAUAAAGCAAUGGGAACUUUUUAAAGAUUUGAAAGAGCGUAAAGUCUCCCUCGAAACCACUCGAUCGGAGAUAGCUAAAACUUUAGCCAACAAAUCGGUAUCGAGCGAUAACGAAAAACUCCAAACGCAUUUAAAACUUGUUAAAGAUGAUUUAAACAACCUCAAAGAAGUUUUCUACGACGUAGAGGAAUCUACCAUGUUAAAUAUAUUAAAUUUACCGAAUAAAUUACAUGGUAAAACGCCUUUAAAACAAGAACAAGUACUUUACGAGCGUUUAGAAAAGCCAACUAGAUACGCCGGAAAUCACAUAGAAAUCGCUACGGAAAUGAACUAUUGUAAAUAUUUAGAUCCUUUUACUUGUUACUUGAAAUCGGAUGCCGCUUUGUUCGAACUGAAACUGUUCAAUUAUUUCAGGAAAUAUCUUUUGGGAUUGGAUUUCGUCCAGUUUUCCAAUACGAAUUUUUGCAGGAGCAUAAUCUUAGAAGGCUGCGACGAAAUUCGACAUGAUAAUAGAAAAUCGUUCGCUUUAGAAAAUCCGAUUAACGAUGAGAGAAUUAACAGGCUCCAUUUGUGCGGUUCGGCUACUUUGUUCUCUUUUAUGGCGUAUUUUACCAAGCAUCUUACGCACCAUACUUUGUUCCCGUUGAAGUGUUUUAGUGUAGGUAAAGUGUACCAAAAUUUAGGUACUGAAAAGGCUAGUUUUUUUAAUUUGUACCAACAAUCUGCUCUUAGUGUUUUUAUGGCUGAUACGGAGAAUAGUGUAGAGAAUGUAGAUGAUUUAGUUAGGCUCGUUUCUGAUGUUUACGAUAGUUUAAAUGUUCAUUAUAGAAUUGUUAAUUUGGCUGCGAACGAAUUAGGAAAGCCCGAAAGCCUCAGGUUGUCCAUACAAAUGUAUUCGAAUUUCGAAAAAACAUAUGUAGAAGUGGGUAAUAUUUCAUUUUACAAUUCAUACGUGAGCAAGCGACUUUUGUUCGCUUAUACGUUCGAAAAGCAAAGGAAAUAUCCAUCGAUCGUAAGCGGUUCUUUGUUAAAUUUCCACAAAUUUUUAGGCUGUCUGCUGGAGAACGCCGAUAAAGAAUUGUUAAAAGACUAUUUCGGUAAAAUAAACGGUUGAGUUUGUGUUAUUUUAAUCGUUUUAUUAAGUCAAGUAAAGUGUGUUAUUUUAGGCACGGCUGAAAAAUGCAUUUUGCUCGUCAAAAAAGUAAAAAACGCUAUUAAAUUACGUUCAAAAUUUUUAAUAAAAUUUGCCCUAAAAAAUAUACAGGGUGAAUAGCGAGGAAUCGUACAUACUUUAACAGUGUAUAGAUGCAUUUAAACGGCCAUUAAUAUUUGCAUCCGCCUCUGUAAGGAGAUUAAAAAAUUGAAUUCAAAUCUUAAAUUAAAUUUAAAAGAAUUAAUAAAAUCCAGGGCCGUCAUCAAAAAUAAAAGGUAUUUUUUUCAAACUUAAUAUUUUACACUAUAUGCUUUUUUGUAAUUUUAGGACUUUUUCAUAGAAAGGGAUAAGUAAU